AUGGAAUCCAAAAAGUUUGUUUACUACUUUGGCGGCCAGAAGGCUGACGGCAAUCGCGACAUGAAGGAGCUCCUUGGUGGCAAGGGUGCAAACCUUGCCGAAAUGGUGAACCUUGGCAUCCCCGUUCCGCCCGGCUUUACGAUCACAACGGAGGUGUGCGGCAUAUACCAGAGAACCAAGGGCUUGCCACAGGAGGUGGUGGAGCAGGUGAAGGCAAACGUACGCCGCGUCGAGGCGGAUAUGGGCACAAAUUUUGGCGACGUUGAGAAUCCGCUGCUCUUUUCUGUGCGCUCCGGCGCUGCCGCUUCGAUGCCAGGAAUGAUGGACACCGUUUUGAACCUUGGUAUGAACAAGGCGACGGCUGAGGCGUGGAUCCGUCGUGCACCCCACCUUGAGCGCUUUGUUUACGACUCGUACCGCCGUUUCAUCACAAUGUACGCCGAUAUCGUGAUGCAGGUUGGCCGUGAGGACUUUGAGGAGGCUAUUGGCCACAUGAAGGAGAAGCGCGGCACAAAGUUUGACACGGACCUGACAGCGAAGGACCUGAAGGAACUCACAGAGGAAUACUUGGUACUAUUUCAGCGCAAAACUGGAUUUCCAUUUCCAGAGGAUCCGAUGACGCAACUCUUCGCCGCCAUUAAUGCCGUGUUCCGCAGCUGGGGCAACCCGCGUGCUGUGGUGUACCGCCGCCUGAACAACAUCACUGGACUGCUUGGCACCGCUGUGAACGUGCAGGCGAUGGUGUUUGGAAACAUCAAUGACCGCUCGGCCACCGGUGUUGCCUUUUCGCGAAGCCCCAGCACUGGCGAGAAUUUCUUCUUUGGCGAGUACCUUGUGAAUGCGCAGGGCGAGGACGUGGUUGCUGGCAUUCGCACGCCACAGCAGAUUGGUCAGAGCCUCUCACUCCGAUGGGCAAAGAGCCAUGGCGUGAGUGAGGAGGAGCGCCGCCACCGCUAUCCGUCGAUGGAGGAGACGAUGCCGGAGAACUAUCGGCUUCUGUGCGAGAUUCGCGCGAAACUGGAGAAUCACUAUCGCGAUAUGCAGGACAUUGAGUUCACCGUGCAAGAUGGCCGCCUAUGGAUGCUGCAAUGCCGCAACGGCAAACGCACGAUUCAUGCGGCGGUGCGUGUCGCCAUUGAUAUGGUGCGUGAGGGUCUCAUCACGAAGGAGGAGGCUGUGCUGCGCAUUGACCCUUUGCAGGUGGACCACCUGAUGCACCCGAACAUUGAGCCUGGCGCGGCAAAGAGCAACAAACCGAUUGGCAAGGGUCUCGCAGCGAGCCCUGGUGCUGCUGUGGGCCAGAUCGUGUUUGACGCGGAUUCUGCAAAGGAGUGGAGCGCGCGCGGCAAGAAAGUAAUCAUGGUGCGCCUUGAGACCUCACCGGAGGACCUCGCAGGAAUGGAUGCGGCGCGCGGCAUCCUGACUGCACGUGGUGGCAUGACGUCCCACGCAGCUGUGGUGGCCCGCGGCAUGGGCAAGUGCUGCGUCUCUGGCUGCGGCGAUCUGGUGAUCAAGGGCAAGCAGUUUACGUUGAGCGGCCGUGUGUUCCGCGAGGGUGAUUAUAUCACGCUUGAUGGUUCUAAGGGUCUCAUUUAUGCCGGUCAAUUGAAACUGCAGUCACCGGACCUGAAGGGCGACUUUGAGACGAUUUUGGAGUGGUGUCGUGAGGUGAAGCGCCUGGGCGUGCGCGCCAACGCGGACACACCGAAUGAUGCGGCUAAGGCUCGCAGCUUUGGCGCGGAGGGUGUUGGUCUCUGCCGCACUGAACACAUGUUUUUUGAGGGCAGCCGCAUUGACGCUAUCCGGGAAAUGAUUCUUGCUGACACACUGGAGGGUCGCAAGGCUGCUAUUCAAAAGCUGCUGCCCGUGCAGCGCGGCGACUUUUUGGGCAUUUUCAGGACAAUGAAAGGCUUGCCGGUGACAAUCCGUCUGCUGGACCCCCCGCUGCACGAGUUUGUACCUCACGAGGAUGCGGCGCAGGCGGAGCUUGCAAAAAAGAUGAAUGUUUCUGCGGAGAAGAUCCGCAACCGUGUGAAGUCGCUGCAUGAGAUGAACCCCAUGCUCGGCCAUCGCGGCUGCCGCCUGGGCAUCACGUACCCCGAAGUCUACAACAUGCAGGUGCAGGCUAUAAUGGAAGCUGCGGUUGCGGUGAGCAAGGAGGGUUGCAAGGUCGUUCCGGAGAUCAUGAUUCCGCUGGUUGGCAAGAAAGAGGAGCUGACUUUCACGAAGCAGCAGGCGGUGAAGACGGCUGAGGAGACCCUUGCGGCUGCGGGCCAACGCGUGGACUACAUUGUGGGCACAAUGAUUGAGGUGCCACGUGCUGCUAUCACGGCUGAUCAGAUUGCAGAGGAAGCAGACUUCUUUUCGUUCGGUACCAACGAUCUGACACAGAUGGGCUGCGGCUUUUCGCGCGACGACGCCGGCUCCUUCCUGCGCCAUUACUGCAGUUUGGGCAUCUACAGCAAGGAUCCAUUCGAGUCGAUUGACCAGGAAGGCGUUGGUGAGCUUGUGCGUAUCGCCGUCCAGAAGGGCCGUCGUGUGAAGCCGAUGCUGAAGAUGGGUAUCUGCGGGGAGCACGGUGGUGACCCAACGACGAUUGGAUUCUGUCACAAGGUCGGCCUGAACUAUGUCUCGUGCUCCCCGUUUCGUGUGCCGGUCGCCACUGUGGCCGCUGCUCACGCCGCACUGAAGGAAAAAAGACAAAUGGAACAAAAAUACAAGGCGAUCGCCGCCAAGCUGUAG